AUGGAGACUUCAGGAUCUUCUUCCCAGUCUCAAGACAGCAGUGGAAGCCACAGAGAAACAGAAAACCUAGACUACCAAGAGACAGAGUUCCACAAGCAAGAUGGGAAGCCCCAGGAACGAUAUGAGAGAAAGAAGUCUUCCUCCUCCUCAUCUUCUUCUUCCUCCUCAUCAUCUUCCUCCUCCUCCUCCUCCUCCUCUUCCUCUUCAGACAGCAGCGAUGAGGACCAGCACUCCAGAGGUCCCAGGGAACGCCAAAGGAAGCCUCGAAGGGACGGCUCUCCCGGUGCUGACCACGGGGAACUGGAGGUGCUGAAAGACGAUCUUCAGCUCUAUGGAGGUGCCGCUGGGGAAAUGGUGCUUGCUGGGGAGACAGGACUCCGAAGGAGAGGUUCCGGCUCAGCAGGGGGAGAAGUGGAGGCCUCCCAGUUAAGAAGGCUGAACAUAAAGAAGGACGAUGAGUUUUUCCAUUUCGUUCUCCUUUGCUUUGCCAUUGGGUCCUUGCUGGUGUGUUAUCACUACUAUGCAGACUGGUUCAUGUCCCUCGGAGUCGGCCUGCUCACCUUCGCCUCCCUGGAGACCAUCGGCAUCUACUUCGGGCUGGUGUACCGGAUCCACAGCGUACUUCAGGGCUUCAUCCCCCUCCUUCAGAAGUUCAGGCUGCCAGGGUUCAGGAGAAGCGACUGA